AUGCCUCGAGGGAGAAAAGAAAAAAACUCCCAACCGAUUCUUGCAACUCAGGUCUCUCAACAAUCUAGUGCUGCUCACACCAAGCUCCUAUCUCUUGGAAGUGGAACCACCGGGACUCCAGCAAGAACAACACAUGGCUUGCAACCAUCAUUGGCCACACCGAGUGUGAUCGAUCAACCAGAGAAUACACCCCCUAACUCCAAGACCGGCAUCAGCUCGCAAAAUCAGCCCCCUAAUUCUGAGACCCGACCUGAAGGCACUAACUCUCAAAAUCAACCCGAAGGUGAUAACUCUCAUCGGAAGAAUCUUGUCUGGACCCCAGCGAUGGAAAAGAGCGCUCUCGACUUGUACGUCAAAGCGGUUGAAGAAGGAAAGCGAUGCAAUAAUGGUUUCAAGCCUGAAACUCACCGAUGGGUGGCUACUGAGCUAUCGAAUGAGUUCCCUGGUUCCGAGUUUACUGGUCCAAAGGUCAAGUCCAAGUUAAACCAAACUUUUAAAAAAUGGUAUGAUGCCUUUGUUGCGUGUAAAGAAGCAAGCGGCUUUGGAUGGAAUGAAGAUCAGUGCAUGGUCACUGCAUCCGAGGAGGUUUGGAGCAGCUUCUUAGUAUCGCAUCCAACUGCUAAGCGUUUCAAAAACACGCCUUUCCCUGAGUUCCAUGAGCUCAAUGUUAUUUUUAGCGGGAAUGCAGCGGUGGGAGCUUUAUGCAAGGGUACCAAUGCCAUCGAAGCGGAAUCCAAUCAGGAGUCUCCCCCAGAUGCGAUCAACAACGGGCAGAAUCUUCCAAGCACUGCAUCUCAAGAAGUGAGAUCGGCCCGACCCGGGGUGCGCCCUCCUCGCAAACACCGUAUUUCCUCAGGCGAUCGCUUUGAAAACACGGUUGAACGAUUGAUUGAUGCAUUUAUAUCUCAAGAUGACAAUACCGCUCAGACAUCCACAAUCCACAGGGCCAUCGAGAAGUUUCAAGAUCACUUUGCGGAAGGUCUGGACAUGGACGACAUGGUCGCCGGAUUCAGCAUAUUGGAAAAUGAGGCUAAGGCAAACACCUUCUUGGCUAUUUGA